UCACUCGCAAUUCGUAGUCAGAGCCGCGCCGCGCAUGUAUCGUGACGUGCCGCAGUUAGCACUAUCGGCGCUCGUUCCGCUCGUCGUUACUGAAUCCUUACGAUUCGUUGCGCUCAGACCCGUUCCGUCGCAGUAUCUCGAUAUUCUGCAAGCGCGGUCGGCGCCCCGCGAUAAACUCUCUAUUUGCACCUGGUGACAUCUGAAGCAUCGUUUGUUUUUCCUAGCGUGUUACGGAUACGAGAGCAACGAGGAUGCCGAGCGCGGUGCUGAACGGGAGCCGUGGCUCGCACUCCCCCGAUGACAUCGUGUUGACAGGCUUGUCAGGCCGCUUGCCCGAGUCUGACAACAUCGAGGAGUUCGCGCGGCAGCUGUUCGAUGGCGUCGACCUCGUCACCGCUGACGACAGGCGCUGGACCCCUGGGUUGCACGGGCUGCCAGAGCGCAAUGGCAAGCUCAAGGAUUUGGCGCACUUCGACGCAACGUUCUUCGGUGUGCACGCCAAGCAAGCGCACCUCAUGGAUCCACAGCUUCGGCUACUGCUUGAGCUCACGCACGAGACCAUCGUAGACGCCGGCCUAAACCCGGCCGAGCUGCGCGGUUCGCGCACUGGAGUCUACGUGGGCGUGUCCAACUCCGAGACCGAGGAGAUGUGGACCGUCGAUCCCGACAAGAUCAAUGGAUACGCGCUCACCGGCUGUUGCCGCGCCAUGUUCCCCAACCGCAUCUCGUACACGUUCGAUCUGCGCGGGCCCUCGUACGCCAUCGAUACGGCCUGCUCGAGCUCCAUGUUCGCGCUGGCGCAAGCAGUGAUCGCGAUGCGGGCCGGCCACUGUGACGCGGCCGUCGUCGCCGGAACCAACCUGUGUCUCAAGCCGGCCAAUUCGCUCAAUUUCCACCGGCUGAGUAUGUUGUCGCCGGAGGGGCGGUGCGCCGCGUUCGACGCGAGCGGGCGCGGCUACGUGCGUUCGGAAGCGGCGGUGGCGGUGCUACUGCAGCGGCGUGGCGACGCGCGGCGAGUGUACGCCACCGUCCGCGGCGCGCGCAUGAACACCGACGGCUCUAAGGUGCAGGGCAUCACCUUCCCCUCGGGCGAGGUGCAGCGCGCGCUCGCACAGGAGACGUUCCACGAGGCCGGUCUGCGGCCGCAGGACGUCGCCUACGUAGAGGCGCACGGCACUGGCACUAAGGUCGGUGAUCCUCAAGAAGUGAACGCGAUUGCAGAUUUUUUCUGUAACAAUCGGACGAAGCCCUUGUUACUGGGCUCCGUGAAGUCCAACAUGGGACAUUCAGAACCGGCGUCGGGCCUUUGCUCCAUCGCCAAAGUGGUGGUGGCUAUGGAGUACGGAAAGAUUCCUGGCAAUUUGCACUUCAAAGAACCUAAUCCGGAUAUACCCGCUCUCAGUGAUGGAAGAAUAAAGGUGGUGGACCGAAACAUGGAGUGGGACGGCGGACUGGUGGCGGUGAAUUCGUUCGGAUUCGGCGGAGCGAACGCGCACAUCAUCCUAGAAUCGGAGCGCAGCGAGAAGCGCGCGCGCGCCGAGUACGAGGUGUCGCGGCUGGUGCUGGCGUCGGGCCGCACCGAGGAGGCGGCGCACGAGCUGCUGGCUCUGGCUGCCGAGCACCGCCGCGACGCCGACCUGCACGCGCUGCUCGACGCCGUGCACGCGCGCAACAUACCUGGGCACAGCUUCCGCGGGUACACGUUGUUCGACGUCGACGGCGCGCCGCAGGAGGAGAUCAUUGAGACGGACGGCAGCGAGCCACGGCCGGUGUGGUUCGUGUUCUCCGGCAUGGGCUCGCAGUGGCCGGGCAUGGCGCGCACACUGAUGCGGCUGCCGGUGUUCGCAGCCAGCAUCCGGCGCUCGGCCGCGGCGCUGAAGCCGCACGGCAUCGACCUCGUGCACGCGCUGACGGAUGCACCUGACACGGCGUUCGACGACGUGGUGACUUCGUUCGUGUCGAUCGCGGCGGUACAAGUGGCGCUGGUGGACGUUCUGCGCGAGCUGGAAGUGCGUCCCGACGGCAUUGUCGGACACUCUGUCGGCGAGAUUGGUUGUGCAUAUGCGGACGAGACGUUGACGGGCGAGCAAGCGGUGUUGGCUGCGUACUGGCGUGGCCGCAGCAUCAUUGACGCAAAGUUAUCACCGGGCGCGAUGGCGGCCGUGGGCCUCUCCUGGGAGAGCUGCCAGAAGCGCUGCCCUUCUGACGUAUCUCCGGCGUGCCACAAUUCUAACGAUAACGUCACGAUUUCCGGGCCGGUACCGUCAGUGGAAAAGUUCGUUGCCGAGCUCUCGGCGGAGGGCGUGUUUGCUCGCCGUGUCAAUAGUUCCGGAGUCGCGUUCCACAGCAAGUAUAUAGCGACAGCCGCGCCAUUAUUACGGAAGAGUCUGGAGAAAAUCAUCCCCAAUCCUAAACCUCGUUCCCAGCGCUGGAUCUCAUCAUCGUUGCCCAAGGACCAAUGGGAAUCGGAUCUCGCCAAGCUCAGCGAUGUGAACUACCACGUGAACAACUUGCUGUCGCCGGUGCGGUUCGCGGACGCGGUGCGCGAGAUCCCGGCGCGCGCCAUCGUGGUGGAGGUGGCGCCGCACGCGCUGCUGCAGGCCGUGCUGAAGCGCGCGCUGCCCGAGGCGGCGCACGUGCCGCUGGUGCGGCGCGACGCGGCCGACACGCUGCGCCACCUGCUGGCCAGCACCGGCAAGCUGUACGCGGCGGGCGGACAGCCGCAGGUGGCGCGGCUGUACCCGGCGCCGCACUGGCCCGUGGCGCGCGGCACGCCCGGCCUGGCGUCGCGCGUGCGCUGGGACCACUCCAUCGAGUGGAGCGUCGCACACUUCGGCUCUGCCUCGCGCUCCGGCGAAAACAUCCUCGAGUUCGACCUGUCGCGUCCCGAGGACUCUUUCCUGGCUGGCCACAACAUCGACGGCCGUGUACUGUUCCCUGCCACCGGGUAUCUAACUCUCGUUUGGAGAACCGUAGCCAAGUUACACAAUAAGAAACCGGAAGAAACUGCGAUUGUUCUGGAGAAUGUACAGUUCAAGCGCGCUACCAUCAUGUCGAGCGAGGGUCCCGUGCGAUUCUUGAUCAACAUCUUGGAUGGCACGGGGCAGUUCGACGUGUGCGAGGGCGGCGCGGUGGUGGUCACCGGCGUGGUGCGCCUCGCCGACACGGACACAGACGAGCGGCUGCCGGCCGCGGAGGUCGAGCCCGACGCGACCGACGCCGCAGCGCCACUCGUCACUGAAGACAUUUACAAGGAAUUGAGACUCAGAGGCUACAAUUACGGUGGUAUUUUCCGUGGAAUUAAGUCUUCGGACGCGCGCGGCACCGUCGGAGAGCUCACCUGGAACGGUAACUGGAUCUCGUUCAUGGACACAAUGCUUCAGUUCGGCAUCAUCGGGGUGGACACGCGCGAGCUGUACCUGCCGACGCGAUUGCGGCGCGCGCUUAUCGACCCUGUGGCACACCUGCGUAGCGCCGCCGCCGGCGUGCGCGUCACCAUGCGCCGCGACAUCGACGUCAUCUCGGCCGGAGGCGUGGAGCUGCGUGGUGUCAAAACCAGCCUCGCUCCGCGUCGCGCCAAUGCGCAAGCGGCGCCCAAGCUCGAGAAAUACACUUUCCUCCCGUAUGACAACGCCAACAUAGCCACCGAGGACACCUCGCGCUCCAAACGUGACGCUCUCGCCGUCAGCCUGCAGGUGGUACUCGAGAAUGCGGGAGCACUGAAACUGAAGACGGUGGAGGCGGCACUGGGCCGCGCGGCCGAAGCUCUGCUCACGCCGAUCGCGAUGCGCAUCCUCGACGAGGAACCGCAAGUGCGCGUCGACGCCUCGCUCGCCGCGGGUCCGGAGGCCGCCAACUACAAGGCGUCCAUGGAGGAACUGGGCGUUAAGGUGACACAAAAGGACGGGCGUUCGGCGCCGCCAGAAAGCGAGUGCCACCUGGCAAUGGCGGCGGAUGUGUUGUCUCGGCACGGCGGCGGCGUACUGGCGGCGCUGGCAUCGGCGCUCGGCGACACCGGCAUGCUGCUGCUGGAGGAGCCGCGCGGCGCCCUCAACGAGCCCGCGGCCAAAGACACGCUCGAGCGCGCCGGCCUCUGUCUGGUGUCGCGCCAGGCGGCGGCCGCCUGCGAGUACCUGCUGUUGCGCAAGCGCGUGGCGCUGCCCGCCGCAUACGUCGUCAUCGACAUCACCGACGACAAGGCGUUCGGCUGGGUGGACGACAUGCGCACGGCGCUGGCGCGCGCCGAGAGUGAGGAGCUGCGCGUGUACGCGGUGACGCGGGCGGUCGACUGCGGCGCGCUGGGGCUGGCCACGUGUCUGCGCGCCGAGCCCGGCGGCCGCGCGCUGCGCGUGUUCUAUAUGCCGGGCGCCAAGGAACCGUUCGCGGUGGGCUCCGCCGUCUGCGCGCCGCAGGUGCAGAAGGACGUAGCGGUGAACGUGCUGCGCGCUGGUGUGUGGGGCACUUACCGACACUUGCCGCUGGCGGCGGCGGCUGACGCACAGUUGCAAGUGGAACACGCGUACGUUAACACGCUGACGCGUGGUGACCUGUCCUCGCUGCGGUGGAUCGAGAGCCCCCUGCGGUACGCGCGGGAGACACCGCUGCCGGCUGGCACCGACCUCUGCAGCGUUUACUGCGCACCGCUUAAUUUCCGUGACAUCAUGUUAGCUACGGGAAAACUGCCGCCGGAUGCGUUGCCGGGCAAUCUUGCCGGCCAAGAGUGCAUCCUCGGUUUGGAGUUCAGUGGCAGAUCGUCGAAAGGCAAGCGUGUUAUGGGCAUGGUAGCGGCGCGCGGUCUUGCCACCACUGUCCUCGCUGAUGAGAGCUUUUUGUGGGAAGUGCCGAAAAAGUGGUCACUGGAGGAGGCUGCGACAGUGCCGGUAGCAUAUGCGACGGCUUACUACGCGCUGUCGGUGCGCGGCGGUAUGCGGCGCGGCGAGUCGGUGCUGAUCCACGCGGGCACGGGCGGCGUGGGCCAGGCCGCCAUAGCUAUAGCGCUGCACGCCGGAUGCACGGUGUUCACCACUGUGGGCACCGCCGAGAAACGAGCGUUCCUACGCUCGCGGUUCCCAGAGCUGCCGGACGCGAACAUCGGCAACUCGCGCGACACUUCGUUCGAACAACUCGUGCAGAAGCGCACGCGCGGCCGCGGAGUGAAUCUGGUGCUCAACUCUCUGGCCGCCGACAAGCUGCUUGCUUCCGUACGCUGCCUUGCCGAAGGUGGCCGGUUCCUCGAGAUCGGCAAGCUCGAUCUCUCCAAUGACACCGCUCUGGGUAUGGCGAUAUUCCUCAAAAACACAACAUUCCACGGCAUUCUAUUGGAUGCCUUGUUCGACGCGGACAGUACACAUCCCGACAAGGCCGCCGUGGUGCGCUGCCUGAACGAGGGUCUCGCCGCCGGAGCCGUACGCCCCCUGCCCGCCACCGUGUUCACCGACAGCCAACUCGAGCAAGCUUUCAGGUACAUGGCGACGGGCAAGCACAUCGGCAAGGUGUUGGUGCGCGUGCGCGAGGAGCAGGCGGCGCCGGCGCGGCUGGUGUCGGCCGUGCCGCGCACCUACCUGCACCCGGCGCGCUGCUACGUGCUCGUCGGCGGGCUGGGCGGGUUCGGGCUGGAGCUGGCGCAGUGGCUCACGGUGCGCGGCGCCACGCGCCUCCUGCUCAACUCGCGCAGCGGCGUGCGCACCGGCUACCAGGCCUGGUGCAUACGCAGAUGGCGGGAACAAGGCGUGCAAGUGGCGGUGUCCAAGGCCGACGCGACCACCGAGGAGGGAGCGAAGGCUCUGAUCCGUGAGGCGGCCAAGUUGGGGCCCGUGGGUGGCGUGUUCAAUCUCGCCGCAGUCUUGCGGGAUGCGUUCCUUGAAAAACAGACUCCCGCCGAUUUCCAAGCAGUCGCCAAGCCGAAGAUUGAUGCAACCAAAGCAUUAGAUGUGGCGACGCGCGAACUCGCUCCAGAACUGGAAUACUUUGUGGUGUUCUCGUCGGUGUCGUGUGGGCGGGGUAACGCCGGACAGAGCAACUAUGGGCUCGCCAACUCGGCCAUGGAGCGCAUCGUGGAGCGACGCCAGGCCGACGGACUGCCCGGCCUCGCCGUGCAGUGGGGCGCCAUUGGUGAGGUGGGUCUCAUCGUGGAGACCAUGGGCGGUGACGAGACAGUGGUGGGUGGCACCAUACCGCAGCGCAUCGCGUCGUGCAUGGAGGCACUGGGCACUCUGCUGGCGCUGCCGCACGCCGUCGCUGCGUCCAUGGUGCUCGCCGACAAGCGUCGCGCCACGCGACAGCCACGACAGGACCUCGUGCACGCGGUCGCCAACAUCCUCGGCAUCAAAGACCCCAGCAAGGUGUCCGAGGCCGCCAACCUCGCCGAGCUCGGCAUGGACUCCCUCAUGGGAGCUGAAAUCAAGCAGACGUUAGAGCGUGGUUACGAUGUGGUACUGGGCGUGCAGGAGAUUCGCGGACUCACUUUCGGCAAGCUGCGCGCCAUGUCCGGGGAGGCGGGCGGAGGCGCCGACGCGCCCGCUGCCGCCGCGCCUGCGCCCGUCGCCGCCGAGAGCGAGGAGGCGGCCGACUCCCUCGUGCAGUUCGCCACACUAAGCGAGUUGAUGCCGAAGCAGGCGCUCGUCAAGAUGCCUAGCGCGUCGCCGGCCUCUUCUAACGCUCCACCAGUAUUCAUGGUGCACCCGAUCGAAGGCGUGGUGGAGGUGUUGCGCGGCGUGGCGGGCGGCGUGCGCGGGCUCGUGUACGGCCUGCAGUGCACGGCGGCCGCGCCGCUGGACAGCAUGGCGGCGCUGGCGCGGCACUACGUGGGGCACGUGCGCGCCGUGCAGCAGCGCGCGCCCUACACGCUGCUGGGCUACUCGUUCGGCGCGACGGUCGCGUUCGAGAUGGCGCUGCAGCUGGAGGCGGGCGGCGCGGCCGUGCGGCUCGUGCUGGUGGACGGCUCGCCCGCGUACGUCGCGACGCACACGGCCCGCGGCAAGAGCAAGCGCGCCGCUCGCUCCGCCGCCGCCGACGAGUCCGACGCGCUCGCCUUCUUCACGCAGCUGUUCAAGGACAUCGACGCCGCCAAGGUGGCCGCCGAGCUGGAGCGCCUGCCCGACUGGGAGGCUCGCGUGAGCCGAAUCGCGCAGGUGGUGGGCGCCGGCGACCCGGCGUUGCCCGCCGCCGCCGCCUCUUUCUAUCGCAAGCUGGUGAUCGCCGACGCGUACAAACCGACUCAGAAGCUGCGCGCGCCCGUCACGCUGUUCACGGCGCGCGACAACUACGUGACGCUGGGCGAGGACUACGGGCUGCGCGAGGUGUGCGCGGGGGAGGUGAAGACGCGGCAGCUGGCCGGCACGCACCGCACCAUCCUGCGCGGCGAGUCGGCGCGCGCCAUCGCCGACCACCUGUCGUCGCUGCUGACACAAUAGCCGGCGCGCCGCGCGGGCCGGGCGCGCCGCCGCCGCCGCUAGUCCGCGCGACCCGCCGCGCCCGCCGCCGGCGCCACCCCGCCGCCUGGCCCACUGGCCCACUGGCCCACUAGUAUACAAUCGUUUAUUCGGAACGUCGAGGGGCGAGUGAUACGUUACAUUCCCGAUGUCAGUGGGAGCGCGAAGAGAUUGGAGAAGCUGGACCGAUCUCGCAGCGUACGGGCCACACGUGUCGCGGUCAGGCCACGUGUUCGCAUGCACGGUACGGGCACACUAGUGAUCCACAUUACAGUAAACAUCCAUAAGCGGUAACAUUAUGAUGACAGAAUAUGGGAAUAUUCCAUAACUGCUUAUAUAUAGAUAUAUCUAGAUCAAUCAAAGUCUACGAUAAUGAUAUAGUUAUUAUUAUCCGAAGUUUACGGGGGGUCACCGAAAUAAAAAGGCCCACGUGACCGUGCAGUCAGCCGCGAGAUCGAUCUUGCUUUGUAAUCCUAAUGAGCAUGACACUAGUUUGAAUCUCAAAUUGUAGAUAAUUUAGCGGUGUAAGAGGGUAGCGAAUUGUUGCAUGAUGGGUGUUGCGAGUCCCACGUGAGGCGUUCACGUUGGGUGUCGUCUGCGAAGAGUUCCGCGCAUGCGCACGUGGCACUCGCCCGCCUCUGUAAAUGGCUUAUGUGUACCGAGUUGUGUAAAUGUUGUAUAUAUACAGGUGUAUAUGUACAUAAUAUGUGAAUGUAAACUGUUCGUUACCUCUUGUACGAUCUAUGUUCCAAAAGGUUUUGUUUUUUGUUAUUUAUUGCGUAGUAUUUAUUUAAGAAAAUUAUGUAUUUUAUAAUACAUCGGUAUUGUGGAAAAGGGAUUACCGCACACAAAUAAACACAUACAUAUUCAUUACUCACACACAUGAUAUAUUAAAAAGCACGGAUAGUUUGGAGUGCGCCGGUUUAGUUACGCUAAAUUAUUUAUGUUCAUUGAAUGUAUACAUAAUUUUCUAAGCACACUUGAUUAGUUUAGUGUAAGUUGAACAUAGUGUACGUGUGCAUCAUGUGGGACCACCCACGCGCACAUAUACACUUACAUACAGGCGUUCAUACGGUCAUCACAAAAGACACUAAUGGUGAACAAAGAAUAUGAUAUCAUUGUAUAGGAAAUAUCAUUCAAAUAUCGUAUUUGUAUAUGUUAUUAAGGUAGCACGGUGAAGCUGGCGCGUGCAACGUGUCGGGACUAAUGUUUUAUACGUAGUUUAUAAUGUAAUACGUUCCUAGGUAAGGACGAGCGGCGGCUCCUGCGCGGGCGCCGCUGCCGUCACGCCUCGUUCACACGCUGCUGUUAUAGCGUGCAAUUAUGUAGCCGCUGCAAAUGAUAUCACAAAGUAUACAGCACGCAGCUUGCUGUGCAGCGGUUGUGCGCCACCGUGUGCCAUGUAACAGCAUCGUGUGAGGCCUUACUGACCGGUGCGGGCGCGCGCCGGCGGCUCGCGGGCUCGGCGCGGCGCCCCGCCCCGCCGCCGCCCCGCCGCCGCCGCCGCCCCCCCGCCCCGCCGCCGCCGCGCUCUCACUGCUACUACACACUUAGAUUAAGUAGAAUUAGAUUUUGUGUACGGUUGUUGUGAUAAAUUAUUUUGUUACUGACAUAACCUUGGAAUUCUGUGAUUAAAAGUGCAUUAUUUUUA